CCCGCAGCUUUAAACAUGGCGGCGGUUCUCGACACCGCGGACAGCUCGCUGUGUUUCUCGCCGUUGUGACGUUUUACCGCUUUGAAUUCCGGACGAAAGCGUCGGCGCUGACGUCAUGAGGAGACGGUCCCCGUGCAGUGUGGCCGGAUGCCUCGUGUGAACCGGACGGUCGUUUUGGCGCUGCUGAUCGUUAGCAGCUCCGUGUUUCUGCUGUUCCAGCUGUAUUACUACCGGAAGUACGUCAGCAAGUCUGGUCCUCACGUCCUGAGCCAAACAGGUCACCUGACCGCCACCGAUGUCCAAUGGCAGACGGUAAAGAAGUUCCUGGCAUUAGCGCAGCGUUUCAGGCUGCCCAUGUUUCUCGCCGACACCGCAGUUCUCACAUUGCUCUCCCAGGAUGCCGUGCGGCAGCGUGACCGGCAGGCGCGUGAACCGCACUGCAGUUUCCUGUGCACCGGCCGGCCAAUCACGUCGUUUGCGCUGCAUGCCAAUCUGUGGAAGUACGAUCCCGGCUUCCUAUUGGCUGCUCAGCAGAAAGGCUUCGAGCUGAUGGAGCUGUGGGGAGAGGACCCACGAUUGUCCAGUCUGGACACUCUAUCAGGAGAGGAGGUCCCCCUGCACUUCCUGUUCCGCCUACAAGGAUAUAUCAUCCAGGUGGUGUUCCUGUACGAGCGGAGCGGGAACUACCUGUGGCACGGAGCGAUACGCCUCCGAACAAACAUGGACCGAAGCUUCGCUCCCUUCAAACUGCUCGACUACGGACGUCACGCCGGAGCUUAUGACAGGCCAGAGCUGGUCCUGACUGUCCUGGAUGGCCUGGACGUUCAAGUCCCACGCAAUGUUUCUCGCUUCCUGUCCGAGCAGCGACAUGCCCGCUUCCUGGAGUGCCGUUACCGUGACGCCCACAAUUUCCUACAGCUCUACCCCGACGACUCGUCGCCAGCAGCUCUGGAGUUUCGCAGGAAAACAAAGUCACUGCUUCAUGUAGCCGCUCGAACACUCGCUCACCUCGACAUUCCCUUCUGGCUCAGCAGCGGCACCUGUCUGGGCUGGUUCAGGCAGUGCAGUAUUAUCUCAUACAGUCACGAUGUGGAUAUCGGGAUUUUUAUCGAAGACUUCAGAUGGGACAUCGUUGCAGCGUUCGGAGAUGCCGGCCUUUCACUCAAACACAAGUUUGGAAAGGUGGGGGACAGUCUUGAGCUGUCGUUUUUGAGGGAUGACGUCAAACUGGACGUUUUCUUUUUCUAUAAAGAUGGAGACGUCGUGUGGAACGGAGGAACACAAGCAAAGACCGGCAGGAAGUUCAAGUACGUCUUCCCUCGUUUCUCGCUUUGCUGGGCGGAGCUUCUUGAGGUGAAAGUUCGCGUUCCGUGCGAAACGCUGGACUACGUGACGGCGAAUUACGGUUCCUCCUGGAGCAUCCCGGUGAGGAGCUGGGACUGGAAGUCGUCGCCUAGCAACGUGCAAGAAAAUGGAGCAUGGCCACUGGCGGAGUGGGCGGAGCUUAUUCAAGUUUACUGAGAGGAAAUGAUGCAGACAAACUCAACACUGAAACUACAAAUAAAGAAAAAUAAUGUGAGCAAAACUGAAAGAUGAUGGUUUUUUUUUUCAUUUCAGGCAGAUGACGUAAUAAUAAUAAUAUCAGUAUUUUUAAGUUGCUUUUCAUCAAAGUGUUGCACAAGAUUAAUAUGAAUAAAAACAAUAAAAUUAAUAAUGGAA